GUUGCAGCCUGUGAUCGCGACGUGCACGUGUGACAGGUGAUUGACAGGUGGCAGUCGAUGGAGCGUGACUGAAGUUGAUGUGGAAAAGGGGAGCAAAGGAUGAUUCAGUCACCUCGAGUUGUUUGGAGCGCGCAGUUCAACUGCGUUUGACAUAUCAGAUGACGUAGCGUCAGAUAAAGCCGAAUGAUACUAUACCUAGAUAAAGACACAAAACCAUUGUCACGGGAUUAUAAAUUGUUGAUUAUGUAAUUGCUUUAUUCGCUCCAAGGAUGCGUAAUAAUGAAAGGAAGCGUUAAUGCAUGAGCGAGAACGUAACAUCGACAGUGGGUGACAUAACAAUUCUCUUCCGUUUUUUUUUUAGUCUCCAGAGUUCAUUAACCCUACAAAUGUUUCGGGGGUCACUUCUUACUAGAAAGCUUCGUGGUAUCGCGAAUGCGUCGACGGAAGCUGCUGCAAUCGCGGAGACGUCUCGGUUACAGCAACUCAGAAUCAAGUUGCGGGAGGAUGAACAACGUGGGAUACUUACAGACACGUUUGGACGUGUUCACACGUACCUCAGGAUUAGCCUUACGGAACGUUGCAACCUUCGCUGUACAUAUUGCAUGCCUGCAGAGGGAGUCAAAUUAACCAAGAAGGAAGGUAUUCUAAAAACGAAUGAGAUAAUACAGAUAGCGGAUCUUUUUGUCAAAGAAGGAGUGCGUAAAAUACGUUUGACCGGUGGCGAGCCCACAGUUCGAAAGGAUAUCAUUGAUAUUGUUGGACAACUGAAGCAAUUGAAAGAUUUGGAGCAAGUUGCGAUUACAACAAAUGGGCUAACACUGACGCGUCAAUUGCCAGCUCUUCAGAAAGCAGGGUUGGAUGCGCUCAAUAUAUCACUAGACACUCUGAAAGAAGAACGCUUUGAGCUGUUCACUCGCAGAAAAGGCUGGGCAAGAGUUAUGGCUUCCAUAGAUCUCGCUGUUCAGCUUGGUUAUAAUCCCGUGAAAGUCAACUGCGUGAUAAUGCGAGGACGCAAUGACGAUGAAAUAAUUGACUUUAUCAAUUUCACGAAAGACAGGCCUAUCGACGUACGUUUUAUAGAAUACAUGCCGUUUCAAGGCAACGAGUGGAAGGAAAAUAAGAUGGUUCCUUUCGAUGAGAUGAAAGCGAUAAUACGAAAGAAAUAUCCCGAGUUCCAAGCUCUGCCGAAUCAGCCCAAUGACACAUCCAAGGCCUAUCAUGUGCCAGGAUUUGUAGGACAGGUUGGGUUUAUCACGUCAAUGAGUCAACAUUUUUGUGAUUCGUGUAAUCGCUUGAGAAUAACGGCGGAUGGAAAUUUGAAGGUAUGCCUAUUUGAAGGAAAAGGCGAGGUCUCACUUCGAGAUGCUCUGCGAAAUGGAACUUCGGAAGAUGCACUUAAGAAUUUAAUACGAGGAGCAGUAGCGCGAAAACAGAAACAACACGCAGGAAUGUUCAAUCUCACUCACAUGGAAAAUAGGCCAAUGAUUCUGAUUGGGGGUUAAUUGAUAUGGGGAUUAUGAUAAUUAACUAACUAUAUUAAAACACGUUCGGCUUUGUCGAAACGCGCACAGACAUUAUCGCAAGCUC